AUGCCCCUUCAACAGACACCAUCUUUAGUGUUUGGGCCGAAGGAUCCACCGCUUCUACAAAAGACGCUUGGGUCUGUUAUUCAGGACCAAGCCAAGGCGUAUGGUGAUCGCACAGCCGUCGUUGUGCCCUGGCAGUCUACCCGCCUCACGUACAAGGACCUCGCAGACCGGAGCAAGAUCACUGCUAAAGGCUUACUUGAACUUGGUUUGAAGCAUGGGGACUGCGUGGGAAUUAUGGCAGGAAACUGCUACCAAUACAUCGAGCUGUUCCUGGGGGCGGCGCGUAUCGGCUGCCCCUUCGUUGUUUUGCACAACACCUACUCCCCGGAUGAGCUAAGUAGUGCCGUGUUGCACAGCGACUGCAAGGCGGUUUUCAUGGCUUCUCAGAUCGGAUCAAACUCCCUCUUGCCCCAUAUUCAAGCCCUGUCCGCUCUGCCGAAAGAGUCCAAGCUUGAGCACAUCGUGUGUCUCGACACCGCCAGAUUCCCAGGCCAAGGGAGAACAACUGGAUCACCCAAAGCCGCAGUUUUGACUCAUUUCAAUUUGAUCAACGACGCUAGGUUCGUUGGCGAUGCCAUGAAACUCACCCACCAAGAUGUCGUUUGCUGCCCCCCACCUUUAUUCCACUGUUUCGGGCUGGUGAUGGGCUUCCUAGCCGCCUUCUGCUACGGAAGCUCCAUCAUCUUUCCCUCCGACAGCUUCAAUGCUCAAAAGACUAUUGACGCCAUCAUCAACGAGAAGGCCACUGCACUCCUCGGAGUCCCGACAAUGUUUAUUGCGGAGCUAGAGGCUCUGAAGAAGUCCGGCCAUCGCAUCAGCACCGUACGCACCGGUCUUGCGGCAGGCUCUCCAGUGCCACCCCCGCUGAUGGAGAAUUUGCGCAAAGAGAUGCAGAUUGGCGGAAUGCUGAUUGCGUACGGAAUGACGGAGACGAGCCCCGUCACCUUCAUUACGUCCUUGGGCGAUACCGAUGACCGGAUGUUCAACAGCCUUGGCAAGGUGCUUCCUCACACUAGCGCAAAGAUCGUGGACACGAACGGUAAUAUCGUCCCACGAGGCACCCGCGGGGAAAUUUGCACCAGCGGUUUUGCUUUACAGAAGGGAUACUGGAAGGAUGAGGAGAGAACACAAGAGGUGAUGAGAUCAGAUGAGGAUGGUACUAUCUGGAUGCACACCGGCGAUGAGGGGUUCGUUGAUGAUGAAGGUUACGGUCACAUCACCGGCCGCAUCAAAGAUUUGAUCAUUCGUGGUGGUGAGAACAUUUCACCCAUCGAGAUCGAAGCUCGCUUGCUAUCUCAUGCGGCUAUUGGAGAGUCUUGCGUGGUGGGGCUCGAUCACAAUAAGUACGGGGAAGUUGUGGCUUGCUUCCUAAAAUUAGCAUCAGGCGCGACCAAGCCCUCUGAUGAGGAGAUCAGGAUAUGGGUCACGCAGCGAUUGGGCCGAUACAAGGCCCCCGAGUACAUCUUCUGGCUUGGAAGCCCCGAUGUUGGUAGCGAGCUGCCAAAGACCGGCAGCGGGAAGUAUCAGAAGCAUUUGAGCUGGGGCAGCUUUAUCGGCGAAAAAGACAUCCAGAGACACUACAUCCUCCAAGGCAUCCCCGGCGUCAACAGAAAAGAUGGCGCAACCGGCAACAUCGUCCUCAACACGCCCCGCAACGGCAAUACUCUCACGUCUCUGAUGAUCGAAGAUUUCCAGGGAGCUUUCAGGACGUUUGAGAAUGAUCCUUCUAUAUCACGAAUCGUAAUCAGCGCGAAUGGCAAAUUCUUCUGUACCGGCAUGGAUCUCAGCCAGGCCGCCCUUGUUGUCGGCAAAGGAGGCAAUGCAAGCUUGGACAUUUUCAGACCACUGAAAAGCUUGUUCGAGCUGAUUGACAACUCGAGUAAGGUAACGAUUGCGUGUAUCAACGGCCCUGCCUUUGGCGGUGGUAUCGGGCUGGCAUUUUCGUGCGACAUCAGGGUUUGCCUUUCUUCGGCAACGUUCACUCUCUCGGAAGUCAAGCUGGGUCUCUGUCCUGCGGUGAUAUCCAGAUACGUGAUCCGCGAAUGGGGCUUGGCACUUUCACGAGACGCAAUGUUGACGGCGAGAGCGGUUUCGGCUUCUGAGCUCAAAGCCCAGGGAGCCGUAUCGUUGCUCGCCGACACACCAGCUGAGCUGCGCAAGAUGGUCGAACAGCUGAUUCGCAAUCUCCGUCACUCGUCACCUGGGGGCUCGAAGAUGUCGAAGGAAUUGUCUGCGCUUUUCCAGCGAAUUUCUGCGAUCGAGAGCAAGUUGGCAGAAUUAAGUGGUCAACCACCAAAGGAGUCGUGCACGUUCGCCGGCACCGAAACAAGUUUCGAAGCUGAACCACAGUUUUCAAAUGAUGAUGCGGCAGACAUCUUCAACCUGGAAGACCAGGUGUCAAUAUCUCCAAGCGGAAGCUCUCGGGACGCCCCUAUAAAUGAUGUGGACCUGAGCAAGCUACCCCCGGAUGCUGUCAUGCAGUCCUUGAUCGACACAUAUUUCACGCACUGCAAUAACCAACCCUACGGCUACUUCCAUGAAGCAAACUUUCGACAGAAGCUGGCCGAAAACUCCCUACCAAAAUGCGUCGUGCUCGGGGUCCUGGCGUCAUCCAUGAGGUUUUCGGAUCAUGAGUUUUACGCUGGAGUAAGGGCUAAGGCAACCGAAGCCUACGCGAGGGAGGCCUGGCUGUCGGUGCUCACUGAUCAUAUGACAGCAGAGGAUUCACCUGAUCUACACGUUGCCCAGGCGACAAACAUUUUAGCUAUCAUUGAUUUUACCUCGGGACGAACGAGCUCAGGGUGGCUGAAGAUUGGCCUUGCCAUUCGAAUAGCACAGGAUCUUCAGCUGAUGCGAGAGCCUAGUGAAACGCUAUCAAUCAUUGAACAGGAAGAAAGACGGAGGUGCUUUUGGUCGAUAUACCUCCUCGACAAACUCGUUUCUUGCGGCAAGGACCGCCACCUCGCUAUCUCAGACGAAGACUGCAGUGUCCGGCUACCAUCCGACGAGCCGACGUUCCGUCAUGGCGGGUUGGAAAGGAAUAUAACUCUGCACCAGCUGCAUGACUGGAACACGGAUCCCUCUUCAGCUCUCGGAAACUUUCCCAUCGCGAUCUUGGCCGGCUCUGCUCUGGGGCGGUGUACACGAAACGUUCUUCACGACCGCGAAGUGGACGGUGUUCCACCAUGGGACUCGAGGUCGGAGUACGCCUCCAUCAAUUCAAUUCUGCUUCUAGUCGAGUUUCGUCUUCAGAUGGACCAGAUCUCUAUCGACUCUAUCGUUGAAACGAACAGGACAGAAGAAGGAUCCAUCGACCAUCAAGUUGUGGGGCACGUCAUAUUUGCGCACGGCUACGUGGGCGGAAUUGCCAGGCACCCAGCAGCCGGGUGCCAUCUUGGUGCCUCGUUCUACGCCUACUCUGCGUGCUUAGCUGGCAGUACUUUGUCACUCAACAUGCACGCCGAGAAACAUCAUGGAGGCCAGCGAUCGGCGGAAAUGCUACGCGCAACCCAGGAAAGCUUGAGCAUCCUCGAGAAGAUGGGCCAAUUCUGGGACCAUGCUUCCAAGAUGCAUCGUCGACUAUUGGCUUUCAACAGCCACGCUCAUCUCUUCACGUCGCUAUUCAAUGCCCACAAAUCUCCUGAUCUGGGUCCAGAACUGGAGGCGGCGCUGUGGUCUAUGAUUGACUACGGGUCCAUGUGCCGCGAUUCGAAUCUCUCCGUGCCGAGUCCGACACUUGUCCUCCCGUCAGAGACACCCUUUUCAGUUCCGCUCGAGCUUGGUGGCGAUCAGAGCCUAGACCUGGCAGAUAGCCCCAGUAUGGUGUUGUCGAAUAUUGACUCUACUGCGAUGAGCUUUGAUACUCCUAGCAUUUCUUAUCUUUUCGAGUUGGCAUCUAGCGGCGGUUAA